CAUUAUGACUGCUUCAUUAACACCCACCUUCAAAUACCACAAUCACAUUCACCCUCUCGCCCUCGUCUAUCCGACUCAUAAAGAUCAUUCCUAUUUUAUUAGCAAAAACAAUCACUGCAACAUUUGUCAAAAUUCAAUGACGGGAGAAAGGUUUUGGCUAUAUGUUUGUAGAGGAUGCAGAUAUUGCAUUCAUGUCAAUUGCUCAACAAAGACAAAGUAUACUUUCUCGUUUACCCUGAUUUCGGUUUUUAUUUUCUCUUUUGACAAGAAAAAAGUUUAUUGACAAUGCUUUUCUCCUCAUUUGAUGUGUGUUCUAUUGUUAUUUUGUGGAUUUAGGGAAAGAGAAAGUGCAAUCGAGGUUGAGAAUAUUGACAAGGCCAAUUUGAUUCACUUGCCAAUGACUGGUGACUCAAUUAGUGCAAUUGACCUAUUUUUGAAGCAAAUCAGCAUGGGAGACAAAAAGAGAGAAGCAGAGCUCAAUCAUUUUAGUCAUUACCAUCCAUUAAUCCUUUUCGAUGCGCAAGGAGACAACAAUUUGUGCUAUGAGAACGAACUAUUUUUCUUGAAUGAGCUGAAUAAUGACAAAAUAUGCAAUGCGUGUGUGCAAAAAAUUUCUGCUCCAUUUUAUAGUUGUGGCCUAUGUGAUUUUUUUCUUCACAAAUGGUGUGCCGAGCUACCAAAUAAACUGGAGCAUCCGUGUCACCCACACCAGCUCAUCCUCCUCAAAAAGCCCCCUAAACCUAUAGGAUUGUUCUAUUGCAAUGGCUGCGGAUAUUAUUGCAACGGAUUUGCCUUCCAAGGUAUCAGGAAUAGAUGUAUGAAUUAUAGCGAUUACUACCCCGAUGUUAAGUGUGCUUUCCUACCCAAAGCCAUCAUUCAUAAAGUUCAUGAGCAUCCUCUCUUCCUAAAGAAAGAUUGUAUCACCGCAGGUUGUGCUGCAUGUGAUCGCUGUAUUGGGAUGUUCGCAUUUGGAUGUGACAUUUGCAAUUUCAAUUUACACUACACAUGUGCUCGGCUACCAGAUACAAUUAAGCAUAGGUAUGAUGAACAUCCCUUUACCCUAAUUUAUGCACCCAUUAAGAAUGGACUCGAUGAGUAUAUGUGUGAAUUUUGCGAGGAAGGAAUAGACCCAAAGUGGUGGUUUUAUCACUGCAUCGAUUGCGAUCAGUCUGCUUGUGCCAAAUGCAUUUGUACGGAGAGAAAGGAAGUUCAAAAUAUCAAGUGGGGAAGCACCUAUAACUUUGACAGUCACCCACACCGGCUCAUCUAUGUUCCAACCACAGACGAUGGGUGUGACUACUGCCAGGAGAAUUUCUAUGCCCCUUUUCCACUAACAAGACAAAUAGGCUUCAAAUGUGAGCAGUGUAACAUUAUGGUCCAUCCAUUUUGUCCUUAUAGAUAAUAUGUGUUGGUUUUGAGUCUUUGAUGAGGAAAGUAGAAAGGAAACGAGAAAUGUAAUUGUACUUUUU